AUGACUUCAUCGCGUGAAUAUUCAUCCCCGCUGAGAGAAUCGCUUAAAGCGUUCGUUGGGAAAAAUGGUCAUCAUAUUCCGCGCGGAAACGCUUUAAACUCGGGCGGGAGUGGUGGUUUUCCGAGCAAAAAGAAUACCAAUAGUAACAACACCAACGAGAAUGGUUCGAGGAGCAAAAACGAAAAGAGGCUCACGAGUACAACUCGCGACGAGAUGAUGCGCAGAAAGAGUAACAGGAAUCAACGAGAUGACGAGGCGAAUACUCUCGAAAGAGUCCUCUCGAAAUACCGAGCGUUGAAACGAGCCUUUCGGAAACUCUCCGAAGAUUACGACUAUAACUUUGCCCUGUUCAAAGAACGAGACGAAGAGUUAGAUCUGUUAGAGGAACAGUUAAAAAUAGAAAAAAUGAAGACCACGCGGUAUCGCGAACGCGUGCGCGAGUUGGAGCGAGAACUCGCUUUGAGAGAGACGACGGCUUCGUGA